AUGUUGAUCACUCGGGUUCUCUUGCUUAGCCUUCUUCUUUCGCUUGCCCUUACUACAUUUGCAGAAAUACACAACUAUGAGUUCAAAGUUCAAGAACAAGCUGCUACAAGGCUAUGUAGAAACCAUAGAAUCGUGAACGUUAAUGGCCAAUUUCCAGGACCGACUAUAAAUGUACAAAAUGGGGAUACUCUUGCUGUCAAAGUGACAAAUGCUGCUCGUUACAAUCUCACUAUUCACUGGCAUGGAAUACGCCAACUGAGAAACCCAUGGGCAGAUGGACCUGAAUUUGUGACUCAAUGUCCAAUCCGGCCAGGAGGAAGUUACACGUAUAGAUUCACUAUAACAGACCAAGAGGGAACAUUGUGGUGGCAUGCUCAUAGCAGAUGGCUAAGAGCUACGGUCUAUGGUGCACUUGUUAUCCGUCCUAAGUCUGGUUCUUCAUAUCCUUUUCCACUGCCCAAAGUCGAGUUUCCUGUUAUUCUAGGUGAAUGGUGGGACAGAAAAGUGAUUAGUGUCUUACGACAAGCAUUAUUCAGUGGUGCAGCCCCGAAUAUAUCUGAUGCUAUUACCAUUAAUGGGCAACCUGGUGAUCUUUUCCGCUGCUCCAGCCAAGGUACAACGAAACUGACAGUGAACAAAGGCGAUACGGUUCUUUUAAGGGUCAUCAAUGCUGCACUCAAUCAACAACUCUUUUUCAGCGUCGCUAACCACAAACUAACUGUGGUUGCCACAGAUGCUGUUUACACCAAGCAAUUUACCACCAAUGUGAUUAUGGUUGGGCCCGGUCAGACCACAGAUGUCCUCCUGACCGCUGAUCAACAGCCCGGACGCUACUACAUGGCUGCACGAGCUUAUGCAACUGCUAGAAAUGCCCCGUUUGAUAACACCACCGGUACAGCUAUCUUGGAGUACAAAUCUGCCACUUCACAGCCAAUAUUACCACAACUUCCAUUCUUCAAUGACACGAACACAGUCACUGCUUUCUCAAACCAAAUAAAGAGUCCCGGUAAAGUAUCAGUCCCUACUAAAAUCGACAACAAUCUGUUCUUCACAAUGGGGUUUGGUUUCUUUAACUGUACCCCUGGACCUAGAUGUCAAGGGCCUAAUAACACACGGUUUGGUGCUAGCAUGAACAACGUAUCCUUUGUACUUCCAAACCGAGUGUCUUUACUUCAAGCUUACACACAAAAGAUUCCAAAUAUCUACACACCAGAUUUUCCCCCGGUUCCACCUUUGCAAUUUGAUUACACGGGCAAUGUCCCACGUGGGCUGUGGCAGCCCGUUAAGGGAACAAGACUGUACAAGCUAAAAUUUGGUUCAAGUGUGCAAAUCGUGCUUCAAGAUACUUCCAUCUUCUCAACCGAAGAUCAUCCUGUUCAUCUCCAUGGCUACCAUUUCUAUAUUGUUGGUCAGGGCUUUGGUAAUUUCAAUCCUUCAAGUGACCCUGCUAACUUCAAUCUUGUUGAUCCACCACAAAGGAACACAAUCGACGUCCCAGUUGGGGGUUGGGCAGCCAUCAGAUUUAUAGCCGAUAACCCAGGAGUUUGGCUGAUGCACUGUCACAUAGAUACUCAUCUAGCUUGGGGUUUUGCAAUGGCGUUUAUCGUUGAAAAUGGAGUUGGAGAAUCCGAGACAUUACUACCUCCUCCUUCUGAUCUGCCUCAAUGUUAA